AUGUCAUGGCUUAUUGAGAGAAUGAUAAUAAUUAUUGAACUAUUAGAUGUAAAAAAUCGUAACUGUCUGUUGGCCAACCUUGAACAAGUCAAGGAAAUUCCACGAAAGCUGUGGAAUCGAGAUGUGGCAGCUGUUUUAAACUUUCGAAAGAUCUUGAUGAGCUUGAGAGAGACAUCAGAAAAGAAGCGUCAAAACCAGAAUGAAGGAAACAAUAGCAAAUCUCCGCCAAAGUUAUCGCUUUGGUUAUUUAAUGCAGCACAAGCAGUUGAAUUCCUUGGAAGACUUUUGCAAUCGAAACUUGAUCAAGAAACAGUGACGAAAUUUAAAGAUAAGCUAACGGAAUUGCUUAAAGUUCGUUUUGAAGAUCAUUGGGAUCCUCAACAACCUUAUAGAGGUAAUGGAUAUCGAGCUAUUUCUAAUUUUAAUGGCCAAUUAGACCCUAUUCUGAUUACAGCAUCUGUUCAAGCAAACAUUCACCAUGACCUUAUUCAAACUCAUCUUCCUCGAGAUUUUGUACUUUGGAUUGAUCCUUUCUCAGUUUCCUACCGAGUAGGUGAUCAUGGUAAUAUCAUGACAUUGUUUGAGGAUCGUUCUCGUGGACGAAUUACAAUGAAAAUGGAUCCUUCAACUAAUAAUAUAACCACCAAUUCAAAUACUAAAUCACCAACUAAUUCACCCAUGAUGCAAUAUCUGCAGCCACGAACAUCAACCCCCAUUCGCAUUUCACCUCCUAACAGCCCUGAAACCCUCUUAUUGAAAGGACAACAAACUCCUAACAUUCAUUCUUCCUCACCUUUAAGUAAAAAAAAUAAUGAAGAAAAGCCAAAUAAAGGUUUAGUUAUGGCCGUCUAA